AAGCGAACGUCGAGCCACGGCCACGCCAGGAAAAGAGCCAAGUCGAACUCCAAACUGAAACUGGUCCGGAGCUUGGCUGUGUGUGAGGAAUCCUCAGGCCCCUUCGUGGAUGGGCUGCUGGAGUCUCAGGACAUCAUCCAGCUGCACGUGAGCUGCCCCUCUGACAAGGAAGAGGAAAAAUCCACCAAAGAUGGGGUGGAAAAAGAAGAAAAAGAGAAAAACAAAGAGAAAACCCCAAGGAAGAUGCUCUCUCGAGGGACAGAAUGAUGCUGCUCAAGUUGGAACAGGAGAUUCUGGAGUUCAUCAGUGAUAACAACAAUCAGUUCAAGAAGUUCCCCCAGAUGACCUCGUACCACCGCAUGCUGCUGCACCGCGUGGCCGCCUACUUCGGCAUGGACCACAACGUGGACCAGACUGGGAAGGCCGUGAUCAUCAACAAGACCAGCAACACCCGCAUCCCCGAGCAGAGAUUCUCUGAGCACAUCAAGGAUGAGAAAAACUCAGAAUUCCCUCAGAGGUUCAUCCUGAAAAGGGACGACACCAGCAUGGAUCGGGAUGACAACCAGGUGAGGAGGGCAGGGGGGCAAAAUCACAAACCAGGAAAAACUCCCCAAAAAAUUCUCCUGGCUUUCGUUUCAUAGAGGCCCCAAAUCAGCAACAUCUGAAUUUUGGGAAAGAUUUUUUUCCAAAUGUUAUAAAAAUGGAUGAGGAAUUGCUGUGGGAUUGAUGGCAUUGCCCAGAAUCAGGCAGAGGACAGGCCGGGUUUUACAGUGGAGCCUUUUUCCAAGGUUUCUUUGGGAAUUUUCCUCACAAAAAACAGGAAAAAUUCUCCUGGCUUUCGUUUCAUAGAGGUCCCAAAUCAGCAACAUCUGAAUUUUGGGAAAGAUUUUUUCCAAAUGUUAUAAAAAUGGAUGAGGAAUUGCUGUGGGAUUGAUGGCUGUGCUUCCCCAUUGCCCACAGUCAGGCAGGGGACAGGCCUGGUUUUACAGUGGAGCCUUUUUCCAAGGUUUUUUUGGGAAUUUUCCUCACAAAACAGGAAAAACUCCCCAAAUUCUCCUGGCUUUCGUUUCAUAGAGGCCCCAAAUGUUAUAAAAAUGGAGGA